CACGUCUUAACCUUUCUAGCUUCUGUCAUAUCGUCACUGAUUUCUCUCAAGAAGGAAGUUUUAGCACAACAUGGGAUAGUCGGUCGCUUGGGCACCAAUGGUAGUACCAUAAAAGAACAGAAAAUAAUUUGUAGAGUUUCCCCUCAAAUAUUUGUUAUACAUGGUCCGAAUGCCUAAAAUUUAGAGGCUUUAUGGGAAGAGGUGGUCUGUGAAACACUGUAAUACCACCAAUGUCUCGUUACAAAUGUAAAUCAAAACAAAGCAUUUGACAAAGGUUUUUUAACUUGUUUAUUCCAUGUAUGAAUUUCAGAAAUUAUCAGUGCGGUGAAAGACCAUGCAGCUAUAUCAGCAAUCAACGAAAUUAAAAUUGUGACAUUUCAUGCAAUCAAUGAAUAUGGAGGUCAUGUUUCAGUUCCUUCAGGGGACCUUAUGGAUUAAAUUCCAUGAGAUUUGUUUCAAAGAAUGAGUAUUUACAAACCGGAAAUUGAUAUUGCAUGUCCUUUGGGCGCAGCAAACUACAAUGGAGCCAGGAGCUGAAGAAAUCUCUGCAGGAUCAAAUUCAUCUGGUAUGCAUUCACUGCAAUGUUCUUCUCAACAGCAAGUGAAUAUGCACCAGCAGCAAAAAGAAGAAAUCCAGCAGCAAGGGGAGCAGCAACAUCAGCAGCUAAUGCAGGAAUGGCAGCAGCAGCUGGAGGAUCAUUCAGAUCAGCAGGAACAGUUUGAACGGGGUCAGACACAACAUCCAGAGCAAAGUCACGUGCAGCCUUAUGUGCAAAGUGAGCAUCAACAUCUGGAACUUCCUCAGCUGCAACAAAAACAACAUUGGCAGCCAGAACAACAGGUGCAGAUGCAGCAAAUGCUGCAACAUUCACAACAGCAUCAUUUGCAAGAGAUGCAUUCACAGCAGCAGAAGGUGCAACAACCUCAGCAUCAGCAAGAGUUGGUACCACAAUUGCAGCAGCAGUUGCAGCCACAGCAGCAAGAGUCACCUUCACAAUCAGAGCAGCAAGAUAUGGCAAUGCAAUUGCAGCAGCAAGAGUUGCCACUGCAAGAGUUGGCAUUGCAAUUGCAGCAGCAAGAGUUGGCAUUGCAAUUGCAGCAGCAACAGUUACCACCACAAAUGCCACACGAACAUUUGAAACAAUUGCCGCAGACUCAGCAGCAGCAGUUAGAACAGUCACCAGCUGAGCCACAACAACAACAUUUGCAACAGUUGCAACAAUCUCAACAACAUUUGCAGCAACCUCAGCAACAACAACACUCCUCACAACAUUUUCCACUACAAACACAACAAUAUGUGCCACAAUCUCAGCAGCAGCCACAACAGUCAUCUCUGGAACCUCAGCACCAACAUAUGCAGCCAUUGUCAGAACAUCAGUUGCAACAAUUACCGUUGCAUUCACAGCAACAACAUUUGCCACAACCUCAGCAGCAGACACAACAGCAACAGUUACAGAUUUUAUCACAACAUCAGCAGCAGUCACAACAACUGCCACUGCAAUCUCAGGAGCAACAUUUGCCACAAUCUCAGCAAAAGCCUCAGCAGCAGGUACAACAAUCACCAUUGCCUUCUCAGCACCAACAUUUACAGCAGUUGCCACAGCCUCAGCAGCAGCCACAGUUGCAACAGGCGCCACUACCUUCUCAGCAGCAACAUUUGCAGCAGCUGGCACAAUCUCAGCAACAGCCACAACAGAAGUUGCAACAGCUGUCAUUGCAACAACAACAGCAACAUUUGCAACAAUCUCAGCAACAGGCACAACAGCAUUUGCAACAAUCAUCAAUGUCUUCUCAUCAGCAACAAACUCAGCAACAGUUGCCUCAACCUCAGCAGCAGUUGCCACAACCUCAGCAGCAACAUUUGCAGCAAUUAUCGCAACCUCAAAAGCAACAUUUGCAGCAGUUGCCACAACCUCAGCAGCAACGUUCACAACAGCUACCACAUUCUCAACAACAGCCACAACAGCCACAACCUCAGCAACAACGUUCGCAGCUGCAGCCACAUCUGCAGCAGCUAUCACAAUCUCAACAACAGUUGCAACAGAAACAACUCCAGCCUCAGGUGCAGCAGCAGCAGCAGCAGCUAAGUAAUCAGCAACCAUCACAGCCUGCUAUGGGCCAAGCAACUACUUCUGUCAGGGGACAAAAUGCAUCUGGCGCUCAUUCUAUUUCUUUUGGCUCUUUGAUACCAAUGAUUUUGCCUCACCUAUCAAAAGAACAGUCAGAUCGACUUCAGGGACUAUAUACGAGAUUGAGAAGGAAUGAGGUAACCAAGGAGGAUUUUCUAAGGGCCACCAGGAAUGUUGUUGGAGAUCAAAUGCUUGUGCAAGCAGUCCGCCAAAUGCAGCAAAAGCAUCAAGCUCAAUCCCAGCCAGCACCAAGUUCACAAGCAAGCCAACUGCAACAGCAGCAGCGACAACAGCAACAUGUGCAAGGCUCUUCUCAACAGUUCAUGCCACAACAAAGCAUUCAUACACAGCAAUUAAAUGAACCACAGCCAUUUCAGCAAGUUUCACCAGCUAAUCUACAAUCACAAACUCAAAGAACUUCUGAUUAUCAACCACAUCCUCACAGUUCUGCACCAGCAUCCCUGACAGCAUCCCACUCAUCUUCAGAUAAUAAGACCCAACAGUCGAGGCAAUCAGGUGAGCAGCGCCCAGAGAUUUCUAGUGUACAUGGGAAUCAAACUUCGACAAUGAAUCUGCAUCAGGUCAAGCAUGAGGUAGACAGAACUAUGAUUGGGUUCCCACUUUCAAAUCAGCAACAACAACAGCAUCUGCAGGGUCCUCCAUCAUCUUUUCCUAUGUAUGGGCGUCCGCCUGGAAAUUAUUCAUCUCAGUCUUUUUCUUCAUCACCAGGCAUACCGUCAAGUGGGGUUAAGUCACUAGCUCAAGAUUCACAAACAAAGCAAGUGAUGCAUCCUCAAGUUGGGGUCCAAGCCCAAGGAGGCCCACCCCAGUUGUCAAACAUAAAGCAUAUGCCCAAGUAUGAUGUAUCUAAACAAGCUAAGAGACGUGAAGAUGAUGAAAGACAGAAGAUUCUGCAGAGCAGUGGCGCUUCUCACUUCUCUGGUCAACAUCAACCAAGCGUCUGGGCAACAUCAUUAGACAAAGAGAAAGCAGUAAACACAGGGAUAUUACCAUCAUCUUCAGUUCACAUAAAACAAGAAAUUAAUGAAAAUUCCGAUCAGCAGCAUAAUCUUCAAACUCUUCAGCCAAUGAAAGAUAACUUAUCAACAAUUAAAAGUGUUCCUAUUGAUCAUGGGCAGUCCUUGAUACUGACAAAAACUGAAAGUGUCGAGCAUCAGAGCAUCAAAACCAGUGGCAUUUCCUCAGGGAAUCAUCCUUUGGGUUCCACUGGUUUACAUUCUGAUCAUUUAAUGCAGCCACCAUUAGCAACUCCAGCUGCAACAUUACAUCACACAUUGUCUGGAUUUAGCGGACCUGUUCAAAUGCGACCUCAGGUGCCUUCAACACCACCUUCCUCAAUGAUUGGUUCUCAGAUCAAGACACCACCCAAGAAAAUGUUGAUUGGACAGAAAAAGCCUUUUGAGGUUACUGGCACUUCCAUACAACUUGCAAGUAAAAAACAAAAAGUUUCUGCAGGUUAUCUAGAUCAAAGCAUUGACCAACUUAAUGAUGUUACUGCUGUCAGUGGAGUGAACUUAAGGGAAGAGGAAGAGCAGUUGUUUGCUGGACCUAAAGAAGAAAGCCGUGCAACAGAAGCAAUGCGAAAGGUUGUGCAAGAAGAGGAGGAGAGAACUUUUUUACAAAAAGGAUCACUCCGUGCAAAAUUAGCUGGAAUCGUGGCAAAGUAUGGUAUCAAAUAUAUUAGCAGUGACAGUGAGCGUUGCUUGUCACUGUGUGUUGAGGAACGUUUACGAACAAUGAUAGGUCACCUGAUCAGACUGUCUAAACAGAGAGUUGAUCUUGAGAAGGUCAGCCAUAAAGUUACUAUAACAUCUGAUGUACGACGCCAAAUUCUAGCAAUGAAUAAAAAAGCUAAGGAUGAUUUGGAGAAGAAACAGGCAGAAGAGGCAGAAAAACUUCGGAAACUAAAUGAGAUAGAGAAUGUGGGCCCCGAGGGGGAAAAGGAUGAAACCCGUACAAAAGCACAGAAGGCACAGAAAGAGGAAGAUGACAAAAUGAGGGCAAAUGCAGCAAAUGUUGCUGCACGAGCUGCUGUUGGAGGAGAUGACAUGUUAUCAAAGUGGCAAUUGAUGGCUGAGCAAGCUCGACAGAAGCGUGAAGGUACAUCAGAUGGAGCAUCUAACACCCGAACUAACAGAGAUGCAAAUAGGAAAAGUGUGGUUGGUGGAUUAAAGUCCACAAAUGUAUCUGAUCAUCAAGAUGCGCCCUCACCUGGAAUAGUUCGAAAUCUGGGGAGAACUUCAGGGCCAUUGUCUCAGACCAAGCCUGUGCGCUCAAUAUGUAUCAAAGAUGUAAUUGCUUUGCUAGAGCGGGAGCCACAAAUGACUAAAUCAACAUUACUUUAUCGUUUGUAUGAGAGAGGUGUAGAUUGCAGUAAGGAGAAAGGGACUGAAAUUCAGAAUAAUGAGAACACACUGCAGUGAAAUAUGAGGUUCUAGAUGUGAUCUUGACAACAUCUCAUCGUAGCAAUCCUUGUAUGUGGUCAAUGUGUGCUACUCUGUACCAUGUGUAUCAUAUCUCUGAAGGCCUCUGCAUGGAUAUCUGAGAAAAUACAAAUGCUGAUUUCAAAGCUGUGGCAGAUGAAUCAAACGUUUAUUGAUUUGGAGUUGACUUUCUGGACGAUGGUUUACAAGCUAACAUUUUUUCUUUCAAGGUGUAGUAAUAUCUAAUGAUAUUUAAAGUUCAAAACAUUUUUGACAUAAUUUUUAAUUUUCAUGUAUAGUUGGAGAUUGCACAAAAGCUUUAGUAAAAAGUAGAAAAGUGCUAACAAAUCAACUUGUAAGCAAAGAAAGAGCCACAAGUUGGGGGGUCAAUUUUUGUGAUAAUUAUGGAUAAAGUGUACUUGUGUUGCGAGUCAACUACCUUUUCUUAAAAGACAUCUUGAAAAAGAGUUGCAAGUACGUCAUUUAUUUCAUCAGCUAUGAGGUGAAUCUCCUCCAUGAGUUGCAUCAUCCUGUCUGAAGCUAUGUAUCAUUAGAUUUCUAAACUAAUUCAAUGAGUAGAGGUUGCUAUUUCGAGAUUUA